UCGCUGCAGCGCGAUCUUUCGCCCGGCUUCUCCUGGAGCAUCCUCGGGAGCCCGGCGCAUCUUCGUUGCGGGGAGGCGGUUGGCAGCCGGGGCGAGCCCUGCGGAGGAAGACCAGCCUUGACGGGGGACCCAGAUCUUCUCCUCCUCCCGUUUUGGCGGUGGGGGUGGAGAAGAAGGGGGCGCAACCUCAUCCUAGAGCAACGGACAGAAGACGCAAAUCGCUUUUUCUGCUUGUCCCGUUUGGGCUUUUGGGGGCGCAUCGGAGACGGGGGGAAAGGCCAAGAAAAACCCCCACCUCGUUUUCUCAUUCAGUCCUCUGUAGAUGAUUUUUUCAAGUAUUUAGGAAGAAGAAGGGGAAAACCCAUCAUGUUGGACUGCAGCACUUUUCUCAUACUGGCUUGACUGGAUAUUUUACUUUCUCAAACAAGCACCAAGAAGGUUAUUUUCGCUUCAUCCACUCUUGGUGGAUGAAGGGUCAGGCACCUUAAAAUUUAUAGAUAGAUAGAGAUAUAUAUCUUCGCCCAGCCCUACAGACUGUUUCAGUAAGAAAUAUGUGGUAACUUUUCUAGAGGUACAUCCAUUAUUUUGACAAAGUAUCUGCAUUCAGAUAUUGGUGGAAGGGUUUUGUGACCAACAAGGAAUUUUGAAUCAAAUGGGUGGUACAUAAAUACAAUUAGGAUAAGGUGAAUGAGCUUUAUACAUUAUUGCAAUUUAUGGACAUAGGCAUUUUGAGAGAACGUGGCAGAAUAAAUUUCUAGCUUUCUAUUUAUACUGUGUAAUAAACACCUACAGUAUUCUUAUUAGACCAAACUAGGGAUCCUUGAAAGCUAUGUUUCCUCAAACUAUCCUUUGAUUUAGGAAAUGUAACAAGCACCUUCUUUAUUCUUAAGCAAGCAAGUGUUGGAAAGCUGUGCCCUAAAUGGCAUACUGUAGUUUUGUUUAGUAUAUAGUUACGCAUACAUAGUUUAGACUGUGGCUAGUGUCCCGAGUGGAGGAGGGCAGCUUUGUGUUACAAAAUGGUUCUUCAUGAAAGACAGAGCUCCUGCAACUGCCUUGAAGUGCUUUGACUUUUCUUAUACGUGCCUUUUUUUUUUUUUUGGUCUUUAUAAAAUCUUUUAAGCAAUUUUGUACAUCUUUGGACAUAUAAAAACAGAGCCCUCACAAUGUGGACUUUUCUGGGCAUUGCUUCCUUUAUCUAUGUCUACAAAAAAUGUGGAGAUUUGCUAAGUUAUGCCAACAAGGAGGUGCUUAUUUCCACGAUGGUGUUUUUUUCUCUUGGGUUGAUGCUCUCUUAUUGGUACCGAUCGUGGGGACCCCAACCACAGAACAAGCAGAAACCUCAUUGUGGAAUGUUUUCCAAUUUCCUUGCUGCCUUGCCAUUCGUUGGAUUUUUCUGGACUAAAUCCCACACGGAUUCCUUGGAGAAACUGCAGACGAAGACCAGGAAGGCUUCUCAUGAACUUUACUGCAAAAUUAAAAUUGAAGAGGCUGUGGAAGGCAUAGAUGCUCAUACCAUAAAUGGCUACAUCGUUCAUAACCUUGAAAACAAGUCAGAGGUUGAGAUCCCUUACCCUUGCACAGCAGAACACAGAGUGCAGAACGGGAAAGCAUUUCAUCAUGGACGUUUCAUCAUGGGUCUCCGAAGGGCGGCCAUCUCAGAACCCAAUGGUCAUAAAGGAAAUGAUGCGGUGAUGUCAUGUUUCCUCUGUUUGACAGAUUCUCUGCACAAGUUAAGGAGAGCCUGCUUUUUCUAUUUCAAGCUUGGGGGCAAAUGUGUGUCUGGUCCAGUUGGAUUACUUUCCAUGUAA